AUGUCUAUCCUCGUCCCUCUCCUCAUUCCACCACUCGCAAACUUAACUGCAGGUCUAGCCGUCGGACUAGCCAAUGCCAGCCAAGCCGACAAGUCCUCCUUCUCACUCACCAUCGGCUCACAUGUAUACAGCAACGCCGAGCCCUUCUCCUUCCCCUACCUCCCAUACGAACUAAGGGAGGAAAUCAUCCUCCUCGCCUUGGAUGCUUCUCGUUCUCUCCUCCCCCCUCCGUUGCCUCCAGGGCACCCGUUCAACGACCCCGAAUCACCUUUCUACCAACAUCCGAUGAACCCCAACCACCCGCUUUAUACGAACCCCGCAACAGGGGAGAGGAACAUAAACGGCCUCCCGACGUCAACAUGGCGCUGGCUCCUGGUAAGCAGGGAAUGGUGGGCUAUCCUCCGCCCACACCUCUGGGCACACACCCGACUCCAAGGGCGCUGGGCCUACGGGGGGUUCACCAAGCUUCUCGAGAGGCCGGAUAGCAAGGCCGUGCCGGGAUUCGUGAGAGAGUUGAGGCUGGAAGAAGGGUUUACGGAUCAGGCGCAGCUCUAUCAGGCGUUACGGGCCUGCCAGAAGCUGGAUACGGUGAUAUAUGCGCCUGAGCCGAAGAUAAACUUCGCUUUCCCGUUCGGGAUCCAUUUGAUACCAGACAACCCUGGUCCUUCGUCGUUGACUAUCACCCUCCCCCUGGAGCUGAUCACCAACCCCCACACUCGGACACACCUCCUGCACCUCCCCCGGCUAACAACACUCACACUCACCUUCUCCCGCUUCACACUCGACAUGGCGCAGUUCCUCGCUUCCCUCGUCCACCUGAAAGAGUUGUCUAUCCGUAUGCCCCGCCUUCUAGGCGCGGAGCUCCUCAACCCGCUGAUCGCGGCCAACACGCAUGCAGACAACCCAGGCCAGACAUUAUCCAAGUUUGAGCUACAUGUGCUGAGCCGCAUGCCUGAGGGGAUCCUGGAUCCUCUCAGGUCCGAACUGGGGUACUCGACACUGGGAGCGGUGACGACGGUAUAUAAUGGCGUGGGGGAGUACAGGGAGGUCGUGUAUGCUCCUACGAGGGAGGCGGUGCUUGCGCUUGCCCAGGCUGGGGAGGAGGAGAGGGAACGAGAAGGGGAGGAGGGGCAGGCGGGUGCUCCUGCAGAGGGAGAGGGAGGGGGAGAGGGGGAAGGGAGAGGCAGGCAGUGGGAGCGGACGACAAACUUGAGACUGUUUGGGGGAUUGAUUGGCCUGAGGAUGGAGGCGAAGAAGAAAUGA